AGGAGGCGGUGCUCGCCUGCCCGCCCGCCCGCCGCCGCCUCCGGACUUGCAUCCCUCCCGGCGGGGCGCGCGGUCCUGCGUGGCGGGUUGCGCUCGGGCCGGCGGCUGCGGGCUGGCGCGGGGGACGGGCCGGCGCAAGGGCCGAGUUUCGGCAAAGUUUGACCCGGUUGCCUUUCCGAUGCCGCAGCAGAGCGGGGCGGCGUGGGGCGCGCAGGGCUUCUGCGGCGCGGCGCGGGGUUGAGCGGCGACAGCGCGCUCACCAUGAUCGUAAAAUAAAGGAGGCGCGCGGGGUCGGGGCGAGAGAGCCCCGAGCCUCAGCCUCCGCCCCCGGCCUCCCCCAGCAACCCCAAGCCGCCGUGACCCCAGUAGAGACAGAGCCCAGGGACACUGUCCAGGGGAGAGUCGGGGCGUCCGGAGGGCGCGGCCGGGCACACGGAGCAGCCCCGGGGCAGGUUCUCUUCGCGCACAGCCCGGGAGCCCCGUACGGCGGCGGCGGGCGGCGACAGCGACCGCGGCGAGGGGCACGCAGCGCGCCCGCGUGGGGGCGUCUGACCCUAGCCUGCCAGUGGGACCUCAGCCGCGCGGACAGAAACUGCGCUCCUGCCGAUUGGGCGCCACCGGGCGGGCGCGGGUGCCCGGGCAGCGCGUGCGGAAGGCGGAGGGGAGGAAGCCGGGCGCCUGCGGGGAGGGUGGCGGCGCGACCCGCCGCAGGGACUGAGCGCCUUUCGCCGCUGCUUUCCCGGACUUUGGCGAGCGACCCAAGCGGCCGUCUCCGAGACUGAGACACGGAACACCAUGCUGGUCCAUUAAACUCCAAACUUUUCUUUUUUUAACGCAAAGAAUAUUGGUGAUUUUUGUGCAUUGCUAAAAGAAGAGAGACAGAGAGAGGGGGAGCCCAGGCGCUUGAGAUGCCGCGAAAUCCUUAUUUAUAAACAGGCCCGCAGUCGUGCGAGCUUUUCUCUAUCCUAUGGAUAUCCGCCCUGACCCCUGAGAUCGGAUCGCCCCGUCCCUCCGCACUGGGUCGCGCGGCCUCCACCCUUUCAAUGCCCGGUUUCUGCUGGGACUCCUGGCCUUCCCUGGAGAUCCGGGCGGUGCUGUGUGCCAUGGGCUGCAUCCACAGCAUUGGGGGCAAAGCCAGAGUCUUCCAAGAAGGGAUCACGGUGAUCGACGUGAAAGCCUCCAUCGACCCGGUGCCCACCAGCAUCGAUGAGUCCUCCAGCGUGGUGCUCCGCUACCGGACGCCCCACUUCCGGGCCUCGGCCCAGGUGAUCAUGCCGCCCAUCCCCAAGAAGGAGACCUGGAUCGUGGGCUGGAUCCAAGCCUGCAGCCACAUGGAGUUCUACAACCAGUAUGGGGAGCAGGGCAUGUCCAGCUGGGAGCUUCCCGACCUGCAGGAGGGCAAGAUCGAGGCGAUCAGCGACUCGGACGGGGUGAAUUACCCCUGGUACGGCAACACCACUGAGACCUGCACCAUCGUAGGCCCCACCAAGAGGGACUCCAGGUUUAUCAUCAGCAUGAACGACAACUUCUACCCCAGCGUCACGUGGGCCGUGCCCGUGAGCGAGAGCAACGUGGCCAAGCUGACCAACAUCUACCGGGACCAGAGCUUCACCACAUGGCUGGUGGCCACCAACACGUCCACCAACGACAUGAUCAUCCUGCAGACGCUGCACUGGCGCAUGCAGCUCAGCAUCGACGUGAACCCCACGCGGCCUCUGGGCCAGCGCGCACGGCUGCGGGAGCCCACGGCGCAGGCCCAGCCCAAGAUCCUGAGCAAGAAUGAGCCCAUCCCGCCCAGCGCGCUAGUCAAGCCCAACGCCAAUGACGCGCAGGUCCUCAUGUGGCGGCCCAAGUACGGGCCCCCGCUGGUGGUCAUCCCGCCCAAGCACCGGUGACGGUGCCACGCGGGCCACCCGCUGGGUGGAACUCCAAUGACAGUGACCCAGCUCCGAUUGGGAUGGCCCGAGGCUGUUCUGCAAAAUACAACCAUUCUACCUUCUCCUCCGCGGGCGACCUCACUGUGCUACUGUCCCCUGUGCACCCCCACGGCCGCCGCUUCGCCCCUGCUUCCUUGCGGGGCGGGGUGGGGUGGGGGGCACUACGGUCCCCUCCUCACCGUCCUGUCUCCCACUUGUGGGCGACUCCCCGAAACACGGCUUUCUCUUUUCAGUUCCUCCUGGCGGGGCUCAGGGCGGCCAUAGAGGGGACCUGCCGCGGCCACCAUGCCUUUGGUGUGUUGGUGGUCGUCCUCCAUCCCUCAUCCUCUGCCACGCGGCCUUACGUAGACUUGCUUUGCCAAACUUUUGCCUUAAGCUGAAUUUAAAGGGAAAAAAAAGGACUUAGAGAAAGUGCAGAACCCUGUCCCCACUAGCCCCUAUCUUUGGCCAGGGCUGGGGGGCACCCCUCUCCCCCCCGGGCAUCCGGGAGAGCAGGGUCUAAAACCAGCCAUUUGUUUGCUGUUUUGCUUUGGCAGAGACAAAGCCACAGGCAGAUUUCACCUUGCCGCCCCUCCCCCUCCCUGGACUGGGGGCAGGGCAGGGUCUGUGCUGGCUUCUCUCACUCCAUCCCUCCUGCAGCCUUAAGUGGCCUGGGGUGGCUCGAGGGGCAGUGGGGGACCCCGUGGCCGGUCAGUGGUGCCCCUCUGUCCCCAGCCCUACCCCCGAGCCCGUCCUCUACGGGUGGCUUUUCCUUUUCCAUCCAUGCUGAUCCUGGGGGCUCAGGGCCACCCCGGUCCCCACUGCCCAGCAUGAGCCUCCGAGGUGGGGAAGGCAUGAGGUCCCUCGUCACGCUGCAUCUGAAGGCUUGAAUCUGGUGGCCCCAGUGCCCGGCUACCACCCCUUGGCACAGCAGGGAGCUGAGUUGGGGCGCCUGGCUCUUUCUCAGGGGAUGCCACCCCAGGCUGCUGGGGGAGGCCACACACAGGCCCCGAGUCCGGGCGGGGGCUCCGUGUCACCUGACGGGGACAGUGAGUGACAGCCACAGUGCUGCUUCCUGUCCUCAAGGGGACUAGGGCCCAGGGCUGGGGAGGGUCGAGUGGCACCGAGCCAUGGUAAGGGCUGGGCCUGCACAGCCUGAGGGGGCUGUUCCUGGGGUCCACCCUCCACACCCAGGACUCGGUCUCCAGCCGGCUGAGUCUCUUCACACCAUCUUCCCAGCGCCUUGGGGGGUGCUUGCCGAAGCCCCGCCAUGCCCCGCCAUACCACCACCCCAGGCUGCAGGCAGACUCACAACUGAGCACAGAACCCCAGCCCUGGGGCUCAUCCGCUUCCUCUGCGCCUGGGCCUCUGGUUGGGUGUCCAUGCUGCAGCGGGUGCCACAACUCGCUUGGUGGGAUGGACUUGGGGGUACUGAGCGCCCACGGUGGGGCCAGGUCUCCCAGAGGCCCAGAGGCUGCGGCCCUGAGUGGGAGUGGGGGCCCAGCACCCCAGCGGCAGGGCACUGUCUACACUCAGGUCUUCCUUGCACUAAUGAGCAGAUGGGCACCAGGGAGGGGCGGGAAAGUAGACUUUCAUCCAGCCCUGGUCACCACCGGGGGUCUUCCAAAAGGUAGGCCGGGGCAGGAAGGACAGGAAGGGACCCUCAAACCCACAUUUCUUUCUCAUCUACUACUUUCUAUGUAGCUCAGGCUGGCCUUGAACUUAUGUAGCCCUAGCUGGCCUUGAACUCAUGGCUACCCUCCUGCCUCAGCCUCCUGGGGACAGGUGUGUGGCCUGCAUCCGAUGGGUCUGAACAAACACUUCACAGCCCAGGAUCUGCCCCUGCAUGCCCCUGCCUGGCCCUGGCGCCCUUUACCCCGUCCCCCUUUCGUGCUCCCUCCUGCCUUGCUAAAGGUGAUGGGGCGGAGGGACCCCAGAGGGGCCGGUGGUCCUGCCAGGGAUGCCCGCUUAGGCUGGACCCUCGGCCUCCUUCCUGUGCUGGGGCCCAGGCCCAGGCUUCCCCACCAGGCCUGGUCCCUCUGCUGUCCCCACACCUGGUGCGGCCUGGACACUCCCUACACUCCCUCCUUCAGCAAUAACAACCGUCCCCAGCUGCGGAGAUUACUGUGAAACUGCACCGUGUACUCUCAGAGGCACGAGACUCGAAGACGAUGUACAGUGAGCCUUUUUUAAAGAUUUCAAGUGAAGACACAAAUAACAAAAGAAAUAAAAUUAAUUUUAAAGUA